CUGGCGAUUCACCUCUUGGCGACCACGAUACACACACGCGAAAAGUCCGAAUAACAUGUCCAAGUGCAACGCUUGGACCAUAUCCUGGAGGUGUUGGAAUCGGGGAAUCAGAUUCAGUGUUCACCCAACGUGACAUCGCAUAUUUUGGCUCAGUUCAACUGCUGUCACCCGCAAAAGCAACUCAUGUGGUUUAUUUCUCAACUCCCGACAUUAUUUCUGCGUCACUUCCCGUAGUAGUCUUAGAAGGCGAACCUGUACGAUUAAAAGUGAUUGCAACCAGUCAAGUGAAAUAUUCUGCAAAGCCGCUGGUUACCAUCGAGCCCAUCACGCUGGGCGUAUACGACGCAGGGUUUAACUAUGUUGGUUCAGCAAACUACAUGACUAAGGUUGUACACGGCAACAUCACUGGCGGCCCUGCAAAUACUGACGGAGUCCCAAUGUACUUGCAAUUGACCGAGAACGGCACAAACACGGAGAUAUUGCAGCUUGGUGUUGGCACCGUGACUUUCAGUAAUAUCGCGGUAGAGGCCCCUGGAGUUGGUACCUAUAACAUUACUUUUGGAGGAGAUAAUAUCAUAGGCGAUAUCUCGUCAUUCACGAUCGAAGUUGGGACACCCUACAAGCUUGGUGUCCCCUCGGUACAUACCAUGGUAAUAAGUCAUCUAGUCCUUCUUGCACAAUUUUUCGUGCCCUAGAUUUCAAAUCAAUCUUGCAUUCGUCUUGCAUC